AGUAUUACUUUCACUUUCCCCGGGCGAACGGUGCGAGCCGAGCGCAGGUUUGUCAAUUGGGAACAAACCCACGUUUCUUGUAACAACGUUCUACCGAAAAGUCACGAGACAAAACUGCGGCUCUUUGAUCGCCAGAAUUAGCUGAGCAACAUAGGUGAGAAACGGGACCAGUCAGUGACCAUGUCACUGUCCCAGCCAAAGGGGUGAAGUCUGGCCACACCCGGGAGAUUUUAAACUUCUCAGAAGACCCAACCAGAUCAAGUUACAGUGAAGAUGAAGUUUCUCUCCUUGUGUCACAGCUCCAGAGCCAGCUCCCCUCUGCCUGGUUUUAUUGUUUUCUUCCUUACUUGUUAUGUUCACAAGAUGGAAUCAGCUAAGUUCACCGUGAUCGGACCCGGUGACCCUGUCACUGCCGUCCUGGGUGAGGAAGCUGUGUUACCCUGUCACCUGUCUCCCCCAAUGAGCGCUGCAAACAUGGAGGUGAGAUGGUUCCGAUCUGAGUUCGUAUCCUUUGUGCACCUUUAUCAUGAUGGGAAAGAUCAGUAUGAUGGGCAGUUGCCAGAGUAUCAGAGCAGGACAGAGCUUUUGAAAGCCGGACUCACAGAUGGAAACAUUCCCUUGAGGAUUCUCAGUAUCAGACUCUCUGAUGAAGGAGAAUACCACUGCUUUGUUCAAGAUGAUACUUUUUACGAAGAAACUAUAUUGGAACUGCGAGUAGCAGGUGUGGGCUCUGAUCCUCUCAUCUUUGUUGAGGGUCACCAGGAUGGAGGGAUUCGGGUGAUUUGUCAAUCAGCUGGUUGGUACCCAGAGCCUGAAGUGCUGUGGAGAGAUCUCAGUGGGCGACAUUUACCAUCACUCUCUGAAACAACAUCCCGAGGGGAUAAUAACCUGUUUAAAACAGAAACUGCUCUCAUUAUAACAGAACAUUCAAACCAAAACUUGUCCUGUUGCAUCAGGAACACCGUUCUCAAUCAAGAAAAAGAAUCAGCAGUUUAUAUAGCAGAUUCCUUUUUCCCGAGGGUGAAUCCCUGGAUGGUGGCUCUGAGUAUGAUCCUGGUGGUUUUGUUUGGUUUCAUUGGCCUCACUGUUUAUCUCUGUAAAAUGAAAGGGAAGCUUACUGAAGAAGUUGGCAAACGAGAUAACGAGAUAGGGUGGAGAAGAACUCUGGCACCUAUAGAAGAAGCAAAUGUGACUCUGGAUCCAGACACGGCUCAUCCCCAACUCAUCCUGUCUGAGGAUCAGAAAAGUGUGAGACGGGGAGACACGUGGCAGCGACUGCCUGACAACCCUGAGAGAUUUGACUAUUGGGCCUGUGUGCUGGGCUGUGAGGGAUUCACCUCGGGGAGAUAUUGCUGGGAGGUGGAUGUGGGGGAUGGGGGAUACUGGGCUGUGGGAGUGGCCAGAGAGUCUGUGGGGAGGAAGGGAUGGAUCAACCGUAGCCCUGAGGGGGGGAUCUGGGCUGUGGAGCAGUGGUGGGGUCAGUUCCAGGCUCUCACCUCCCCUGCGACCCCCCUGCCCCUGAGCCGGUUCCCCAGCAGGAUCCGGGUUUGUCUGGACUGUGACCGGGGGCAGGUGACAUUUAUCGAUGCUGGUGACGAGGCCCCGAUCUUCACUUUCCCGCCGGGCUCCAUCCCUGGGGAGAGAAUCCGACCCUGGUUCCUGCUGGGGCGGGGAUUCCGGCUCAGACUGUGUCCCUGAGAGACACAGCAGAAGGGGGAACUGAAAAUCAGCCUCUCUGGCCUCAUGGACCCCAGUCUCUUGGAGGACUCCUGUCUACCACCCAGCCCCUAGCUCCUCAUCUCUAUGGCCCCUAGAGGCUCCUCCCCCUCCCUGCAGCCC